AUGGCCCACCCGCACCACUCCUUCGAGUCCGUCCCCUCCGCAGCCGUCAGGCGCAGGCUCUCCUCUGUCGUUGACACAAGGAAGCCCCAUGUCACCUCCACCUUCGCAAGCCUCACCCCCAUGUGGGGUGCCGUCGCCGGCACGGUCAUCAACAACAACACCCAGUAUGAGAUCGCCGUCUCCAUCCACGAUUCCGUCUACUCCACCGAUUUCGCCUCCGCCGUCAUCCCAUACAACCCCAACAACCCCGACAAAAAUGCUAAGGAGAUCGAGAACUACGUCCUCCAGACUCUCCGCAAGUUCUCCAUCGAGCAUCUCUGCAAGUUCUUGGGUGCGGGUGUCACUCUCAACCUGCUCAAGGAGUCUCCCAAUCUUUGUACGCGCCUCUGGUUGGAUAUGGACAUCGUCCCCUACGUCUUCAACAUCAAGCCCUACCACACCGACUCCGUGACCAGGCCCAAUAUCAAGCACCGCAUCUCAUCCACCACUGGCUCCUACGUUCCGUCCGGCGCGGAGACCCCAACAGUCUACGUCGACUCCGCACAGCUCCAAGCCUUCUCCGGCCUGGAUGCCGGUGUCAGCGGGCGUCUCCCUAUCCCCCGCACUCUGGACGAACAGGCCGACUCGGCAGCGCGAAAGACCGUCAUGCAUUUCGGCCCCAAUAAUAAUCCCCGACUCUCCAUCGGCCCUCGUAAUCAGGUUAUGGUCGACGCCGCUGGGAAGGUCCAUCUCCUUGAUGACCUUGAUGAGUUCAAGGCUACCGUCGGGCCCAGGACGUGGAACGCGGUCAACAAGCUGGCUGAUGAGCUCCGUGAGAAGAAGGUCAAGAUCGGAUUCUUCUCGUCCACCCCGCAAGGAGGUGGUGUUGCUCUUAUGCGUCACGCGUUGAUCAGAUUCCUGACUGCUCUCGAUGUCGAUGUCGCUUGGUAUGUGCCCAACCCAUCCCCUAGCGUCUUCCGUACCACGAAGAACAACCACAACAUUCUUCAAGGCGUCGCAGCGCCUGACCUCCGCCUGACACAGGAGGCGAAGGACGGUUUCGAUGCCUGGAUUCUCAAGAAUGGCCUGCGCUGGACCGCAGAGGGUGGCCCUCUUGCCCCAGGCGGUGUUGAUGUUGCCUUCAUUGAUGAUCCCCAGAUGCCCGGACUCAUCCCCUUGAUCAAGAAAAUCAGGCCUGAGCUCCCCAUUGUCUAUCGCUCGCACAUUGAGAUUCGCAGCGAUCUCGUCCACGUACCUGGAUCCCCUCAAGAAGAGGUCUGGCAGUACCUGUGGAACAAUAUCAAGCUCGCUGAUCUCUUCAUUAGUCACCCCGUCAGCAAAUUCGUCCCGAGCGACGUCCCGAUUGAGAAACUCUGCCUGCUCGGUGCUGCCACUGAUUGGCUCGACGGCCUGAACAAGGAACUCGACCCAUGGGACUCCCAGUACUACAUGGGAGAGUUCAGGAGUCUUUGCGCCAAGGAGAAGAUGAGCGAGCUGCGCUGGCCGGAGCGCGACUAUGUCGUCCAAGUCGCACGUUUCGACCCCGCUAAGGGUAUCCCCAAUGUCAUCGACUCUUACUACAAGUUCCGAGAAAUGCUCCACGAGAAGUCUCCCGACUUGUCGGACGACGAGCACCCUCAGCUGCUGCUUUGCGGUCAUGGCGCCGUCGACGACCCCGAUGCCAGUAUCAUCUACGACCAGGUCAUGCAGCUCAUCAACUCGGUGCCGUACAAGAAGUACGUCAAGGACAUCGUUGUGAUGAGGCUUCCGCCCAGCGACCAACUCCUCAACGCGCUCAUGGCCAACUCCCGCAUCGCCCUCCAGCUCUCCACGCGCGAAGGCUUCGAAGUCAAAGUAUCCGAAGCCCUGCACGCCGGCAAGCCCGUCAUCGCCUCGCGCACCGGGGGCAUCCCGCUCCAAAUAGAACACGGCAAGUCCGGGUACCUCACCACCCCCGGCGACAAUGCCGCCGUCGCGGGGCAUCUGUACGAUCUGUACACCGACGAAGGGCUGUACCGCACGAUGAGCCAGUACGCGAGGACGCAUGUGUCGGACGAGGUGUCGACGGUGGGCAACGCGGCUGCGUGGCUGUAUUUGGCGGUCAUGUAUACAAGAGGCAUUAAGAUCAAGCCGAAUGGCGCGUGGUUGAACGAUUUGUUGAGGGCGGAGACGGGCGAGGAGUAUGUGCAGGAUGAACCGAGGUUGCCGAGGGGCGUCUUUCACGAAACUAUGGGCGAUCCAAGCUAUCUCCGCCUUGUGCCUGCUUCUUGCGCCACCGUCCCCAUCGACUGGACCAAAGUUCCCGAAGCGUCCAAGAAAUUCCUCCUCGAGAGCUGGGGCACCGACUGGUCCGACCCAAAGAUGGAGAGACAACGCGGCCUCCCUGCGACCAUCGAAGACCUGGCAAAAAUGUUCAACGAAUCCAAGUUCUUCGGUUAUAUGCAGCCCAAGCUCUGCACGCUCCUGCUCGACAUCAGCGAGUUUGGGCUCGCCGCCCAAGCCAAAAAACCAGUCGAUUGCCUCCAAGUCCCCGGGCCGCGCUUCUACAUGAAGUAUCUGUCGUGUGUCUGGUUUGUCAUGUUCUUGCCUGGAGAGAGGGAUGGGAUCACCGGGUGCAGCCCAAAGGUGCCAGAAGUGAGCUGGGAGGAGGAGCAAGAAGACAAGGAGGAAGAGGAUGACAAGGAGGACAAGGAAGACACGUACCACAAGGAAGACAAGAACAAGGAAGAAAAAGACAAGGAAGAGGAGGACGAGGAGGACGAGGAGCAAUACGAGGAGCAAAACAAGAAGCAGGUUGCGCGUGACAAUGCGGUGGCGGAGGAAUUCGACCCGAAGCUCUGUGAGGAGGUCAAGCAGUGGGGAACACUCAGGGCGCUAAUUAGCAAGAAGGUGGCUGGGUGGGAGGGUUUCACGCUGAAAAGCAGUCUGGAGGAGGCCCAGAUGUCCGAGGCAAUUAUGGGACUUCCGGCUGACCACCCGGCGUUUAGGGCUAUGAUGCAGAAUGCAAUGGGCUCGUUGAUGUCGAUGCGGUGA